AUCCAGAACACAAGCAGCCAAAGCUGAUAAUCAAAGAAAAAUAUAUAUAGCGUUAGUUAAUUUAAUUUCAACAAGGACAAUGUUCAAAGCACUUCUCAUUGUCACAACUCUGUUCGCACUCGCCUACGCUGGCGGCGAUCCUGCUGACGUGCAUGCCACAAUACUCAGAUAUGACAAUGAAGUGCGACCCGAUGGCAGCUACAACUAUGCCUAUGAAACUUCGAAUAGGAUUCAGGCUGAGGAGAGCGGUGUUGGCGCUGCCUAUGCAACAGGCUCCUAUUCAUACAUUUCGCCUGAGGGGCAACCGAUACAAGUAUCAUACACAGCCGAUGAGAAUGGAUAUCAACCUAAGGGCGCUCACCUGCCGACACCACCACCAAUUCCGGAUUAUAUCCUCAGAUCAUUGGCUUAUAUUGAAGCCCAUCCCUUCGAAAAAGUCCAAUUGAAAAAUGGAAAGUAACGGAUCAAUAGCAGCUCAGUUAGAAAAUUUAUUAGUUUUAAGAAAUUUAGAAAAUUUUCAACAGUUUCAUAAGUUAUAUAAUAUAAUAGGUAUGUAAAUCACAGACACCCUCAUGUGCAUAUGUAUAUAUGU